AUGCACCUCAACGCCCUCACUUCUAUUCUCAUAGUUGCCCUCAUGGCAGCUGCAGGCAAGGCAGAUAGACCUGACAAAGUUCCUCACGCGUGCUGGGAUAAGUGCACUAAGGAGUGCAUUGCCUGGAUCAUCCCCUUCGUCGUCACGUUUCCUAAGUUCAUCGAUUGCCGCAAAGAUUGUGUUGUCCGAAUGUAUCACCCUGAAUGUCGCGAGAUGUUGAAGAACCUCGACACAAGCAACAAAAAGAAUGGAGAGCUGGCCUCGGUCUAA